AUGAAGCUUUGUAUAACUACGCCAGUAUUCUUACUUGUGAUUUGUUAUGGCCUCGAUGUAGAAGGUAGUGCGCAGUACACCCUUCACGAGGGUUUGGCGAGUUUCAUUUCGAACAAGCCGAACAUAGUUUUGCUGGAACACGAGGAUCGCUACCGCCGUGAUACCGCGGCGGUGGCGCCGCCCCCCGACCCUCCGACGCCGGUAGCAUCGACCUCCAACGCAUCGCACAACCAGGCCUCGACCAACACGACGGAUGACAGCAAUAGGACCACAAACGUAACAGCCCAAAGCUCCACACCCGUUGCCACGGUUACCAAGACACCGCUGUUAACGGAAAACACGCCCAAAGUAAGCGAGCCUCUGCUACCGGACGACAACAUAUCGGACGUGUUCAGGGAGACCCCGGAAAUAAUCAAAGCUGAACAUAAUUUGACCACAUUGAAAUACGACAACCACAUGUUCUACAACAGCUCGUUCAUCGGUAACGAAACAUACGUGAGGGAAUAUUGGGCGAAUAUCACAGAGCCCAAGGCGGAAGUGCACGACGUACUGAGCAACUCGCAUCGGCGCGCAACGACGCUGAAGCUGAGCUUCGACUUCCCGUUCUACGGCCACAACAUCAGGAACAUCACCGUGGCUACCGGCGGGUUCAUCUACACCGGGGAGCAUGUGCACAACUGGCUCGCCGCCACCCAGUACAUAGCGCCGCUGAUGGCCAACUUCGACACCACGCUCACCAACGACAGCCUGGUGAAGCAGUACGACGACGGCACAAAGUUCACCGUGAUCUGGGAGAACGUGACACUGCAAGAGGAUCCCACCAAGAAGUUCACGUUCGCCGCCACCCUGCACAAGUCCGGUGACAUAUACUUCACGUACAAGGACAUCCCGAUAGCGGUGCAGCAGAUCAACGACAAGGAGCACCCGGUCAAAGUGGGCAUCAGCGACGCUUACUUGAAGGACAAGUACCUUUUCAACGUCAGACACAAGACGAUCUACGAGUACCACCGCGUGUCCUUCAAGAACCACGAGAUAACUAAUAACACAAUACUGAAGCUGACAGCGUUGCCCACCUGUAUACAGUACAACUCCUGUGACACAUGUACUAACCACAACACCGGCUUCCAGUGCCAAUGGUGUGAGCAGAUCCAGAAAUGUUCGAGUGGCACCGACAGGAUCAAACAAGACUGGAUGGUCCGAAACUGCGACAAGUCGGCGAUCACGAACUCCUCCUCGUGCCCAGCACAUGUUCCCGUCAACGCGCCCGCAGAGAACAGCAACACCGCCUACACAACCGACGGCCAGAACAGCUCCGCCGUAGUGGUCAGCACUGUGCACACGGAGGCGGGGGCGGAGGCGAAGGCGCCGCUGGGCAGGGGCACCGCCGCGCCCUCUACAGUACCGGGUGCUCGCUCGCCGGUUGGCGGCGCGGUGGCCGCCUUCGUCCUCGUAGCGAUCGCCUGCUGCUUCGGCGCAUGGGUCUUUUACGCCUUCAAGAACCCGCACACGCGCAGCGGCCAGUUCAUCAUCAAGUACCGACCUUCCCAAUGGGGAUGGAGACGCGGUGAGGCGCGCUACACCGCAGCCACCAUCCACAUG